AUGAAGCUGAACAUUCUUGCCUCGGCCCUCUCCGCCGCCUCCUUGGCCGCGGGCCACGGGGCUGUCACCAGCUACCAAAUUGGCUCGACCACAUACCCCGGCUACACGGGUUUCUCGCCCGCGACCUCGCCGGCCACCAUCGAGCGGCAAUGGCCUGACUACAAUCCCAUCAUGACCGUCACCGAUGCCAAGAUGACUUGCAACGGCGGCACCUCCGCGGCGCUUAGCGCCCCCAUCACGGCUGGGCAGAACAUCACCGCCAUCUGGGGCCAGUGGACGCACAAGCAGGGCCCUGUCAUGGUCUGGAUGUACAAGUGCUCCGGCGCCUUCUCCGCCUGCGACGGCAAGAGCAAGGGCUGGUUCAAGAUUGACCAGAUGGGCAUGACCAAGCCACCGCUGAGCGGAGAUAGUUGGGGCACCGCGAUUGUCGUUGAUACUCUCAAGUGGUCGAGCAAGAUCCCCACCAACCUCGCCCCGGGCAACUACCUCAUCCGCCACGAGCUGCUCGCUCUCCACCAAACGAAUACUCCGCAAUUCUAUCCUGAGUGUGCUCAACUCAUCGUAUCUGGAAGUGGCUCUGCUUCGCCAUCUUCGGACUACCUUUACUCUAUUCCUGCAUAUGCCGCUCAAAGCGACCCUGGUGUCACGAUUGACAUCUACUCUAGGAUGGCCUCCAUCCUGAUCAAAAGCCCAGCUAUCCGAGUCUCUCGGAAGGACGCCAAGCCAAUCAGGACACUUCCUUGCAUAUCGUGCUUUGUGAUGCACGAAUUCCAGGGCUCUGCUGGAUGGCUGCGGCCAGGUAUCGACGUUCCAAUGCUUAGAUAUUGCGCGAAGGAUGAUAGGAUAUUCUUCUUGUGCCAGAUCGUAUUCAACAUCAUCGCGAAUGGCCAGAAUUCAGACACUCGACACCAGUUUAAGGAGACCCAUACUCGCUUGAAAUUUUCUCAAGGAAAUCCAUUACAUACACAUUACCAUAUUGCUAAUGCGUGGGAUUUCAUUACCAGCCCCUCCCCGCCCAGCAUCUAG